AUGAAGUUCUUUGUGUCGCCCAGGAGGGUGUUAUCGCAUCAAUCAGUUACACGACUAUCCCACUUAAGAGCUACUCGGCUGUCUUGCGCGCACUCGUGGUCACGCGUCACCUUCAACAACAACCUAGGCUAUCUUAGCUCUUUGCUACAAUGUAAUGCUUCUACCUCAACACUCGGACAGCUUCUCUCACGAUCUUACGCGACGAAACCUGGAAAGCCGAAGGCCCAUACCGGCCGCCCUGCGGCGUCCAAACGAAAACCAGCUGCAGCUCAACGCGAUGCAGCAGCAGGUGUGCCAGAUAAAGCUCCCUCGAAGAAAACAGCUACACGCAAGAAGCCUGCUGCUAAGAAGCCUGCUCGGAAAACUAAGCGGAAGCGCAGCACCAAAUCAAAACCAGAAGGGAAGCGAAAGAGAUUGACGGAUAAACAAAAAGCAGCCAAGGAGAAGAAGGAUGCGGGCAAAAAGAAAAAGGAUCUUCGGAAGAUAGCUUUGCUGGAUCCUCCCAAACGGCUACCCUCAACCGCCUUCAUAGUGUUGUCUACUGAAACGAGUUCCAAGGGGAUGUCCCUCUCACAGCAUUCAAAAGAGGUAUCAGCUCAAUACAAAAACCUUAGCCCGGAAGAGAUGGAGCGUCUGAACCACGUCGCAAAUGAAAACAAAGCCAAGAACGAAGCUGCCUUCAAGAAGUGGUUGGGUGAGCACUCACCAGUCGAGAUCAAGGCAGCCAAUGCCGCUCGCAGCCAAUUAAAGCGGCAAGCGAAGAAGGAAGGCUCAAAGAAAAUAUACCCUCACAUCCAAGAUGAGCGGAUCGUCAAACAGGCCCGAACGUCAUACACAUACUUUUUGAAGGAACGAUUUGCAUCCGGCGACAUGAAGAACAUGAAGAUUGGUGAGGUUGGUGCCCUGAUUGGAAGAGAAUGGAGAGCUCUUUCUGCAGAGGAGAAAAAGCCGUACGAGGACAGAGCCGCCCGGGACAAGGCUCGUUACAUCGAGGAGUAUACCACAGUGUACGGGACAGCCCCACAAUUCCAGAAGCGGGCGAAGGAUACGGCAUAG